AUGUUUACGCCUUUUCCUGUGUGCCUACUCUGUCUCCUGGCGCGAGCGCGAGCCUUCGCGCUGAGCGACUGGGAUUUCCAAGGUGGCACAAGCGGAGAUGAUCGUGGCCAGAGCGUAAGCAGUGACUCUUCCAAUCAUGCACUUGUUGCCGGCUGGACUUCUGGGAACCUUUCGUGCACCAACGCCGGAGGAAAAGACAUUUUCCUCAUGAAACUCGACAGAACAGACAACUCCAUUGCGGUCUUGCAAGUUGGCACAUCAGAAGAUGACGCUGCCCAAGCAAUUGCCGUAGAUAGCUUGGACAACCUUAUCAUUGCUGGCUACACCCUGGGUCCUUUGGAUGGCGUCACCACAACUGGAGGAGUUGAGGAUGGUUUCCUGAUGAAGUUUGACAAUGACGGAGCUUGGCAAUGGACUGUUCAGGUGGGGUCAGAAACUUCAGCCGAUAACAUCCGGAGUAUUGCUGUGGCUGCCAAUGAUGAUAUUGUUGCAGUCGGAUCAAGCGCCGGAACAAUUGAUGGUGUUUCUUCAUCAGGUGUCAGUGAUUUUCUCAUCAUCCGUUACGACAACGACGGGAUGUGGCAGUGGACUAGGAUGAGAGGCAGCGCAGCGGGGGAUGAUGCUACUAGUGUUGUCAUUGAUAAUGGAGGCAACAUCAUUUUGGCUGGGGGGACCCGCGGUGACAUGGAUGGGCACACCAACGCAGGGCUAGAUGACCUUGCGGUCGUCAAGUAUGACAGCGCCGGAAAUUGGUUGUGGACACAUCAGAGUGGUUCCCCUGCAGCUGACUGGUUCAGGGCUGUGGUCACGGAUUCGAGCGACAACAUCUAUGCUGAUCGUAGCAACAGCAAGAUCUUCGUCACCGGUGUCACAGACGGAGACCUGGACGGGCACACCGACACGGACCCAGAUAUUUUUCUCAUGCAGUUUGACCUGGACGGAAAUUGGGAAUCUACCACAUUUCAUGGUUCUUCUGCAAGAGACGUAGCCUUGGGAUUGCACCUGGACAGGUCGAAGAAUAACUUCAUCAACCGGUUAUACUUUGGGCUCGUUCCCUGGAUACACCAAUGCUGGCGGCAGUGA